CCGCGCCGCAGACACGCCGCCCACCGCCGCCCACGCCGCCGCCUCAUGGGGCGACACGGCCCGCGCCGGCACCGGGGCCCUCCGGCAUCGGCUGCUCCACGAGCAUGACCGGCGCGCCUCUGGUGGCCACUCCGCGGGGCCGCGAGCCGUGAUGUGGGCGCUGCUCUUCCUGCUGGCCGCUGCCCUCGCCACAGUAGCAGGGCAGGUCGCGGAGGAGCCAGCCCCGGUGUUCCUGGCGCCACUGGACAACGUGACGGCCACGCAGGGGAGAGACGUCAGCUUCACCUGCGUCGUGGACCACCUGGGCGAGUACAAGGUGGCGUGGAUCAAGUCUGACUCGAAGGCGAUCCUGGCGAUCCACACGCACAUGGUGGCACAUAACCCGCGGCUGGCCGUCACGCACAACGGCCACAACACGUGGAGGCUGCACGUGAGCAACGUGCAGCGCGCAGACUCCGGCUCCUACAUGUGCCAGGUCAACACCGACCCCAUGAAGUACAUGACGGGCCACCUGGAGGUGGUGGUGCCGCCGGACAUCGUGGACGACGGCGCCAGCGCAGCCUCCGCGGCGCCCGAGGGCGGCUCCGUGCGCAUGCGCUGCACGGCCACCGGCGACCCGCCGCCGUCCGUCAUCUGGAAGCGCGAGGACGGCCGCGACAUCGUGCUCCGGCUGCCCGACGGCCGGCAAGCGCAGCACCAGGUGGAGGGCGACACGCUGCUGCUGAGCGGCGUGACGCGCGCCGACAUGGGCGUCUACCUGUGCGUCGCCUCCAACGGCGUCCCGCCGGCCGUCAGCAAGCGCUUCCCCGUCAGCGUCCACUUUCACCCGCUGAUCAAAGUGACCAACCAGCUGGUGUUGGCGCCACAGGGCAGCGACGUGGUGCUCCAGUGCUACGUGGAGGCCUCUCCCAGAGCGCUCAACUCCUGGCACCGCGAAACAGGUGAGAAGCUGAUGGCGAACACGGGCGGCAAGUACGUGAUCCGCGAGACGCAGCUGAACGAGUACGCGGUGCUGAUGAACCUGACGGUGCGUGACGUGCACGCCGCGGACUUCGGCAGCUACACCUGCAGCUCCGUCAACGCGCUCGGCCGCGUCGAGGGCAGCGUGCGUCUCCAAGAGCUGUACCUGCCGCGGUCGACGUCGCGGCCGGACCAGCACGCGGCAGGCGGCAAAGGGCUGUCGCGGCCCAAGGCUCCGCCGCCGCACACCAAGGCGGAGGCGGCAGGCGGCGGCCGUGGCGCCCACAAGCACCACCACGCGGGCAAGCGCAACCGCCAGCAGCAGCUGCCGUACCGACACCACGACCUCGGCCCGGAGGACGACGAGGAGCUCGGCCUGUACGGCGCGCUGGGCGGCGGCGCGGGACACGACCACGACCGCGACCGCGACCGCGACCGCGUGCGCGACCCGCUGCUGGAACGCGCCGCGCCCGCGCGCGCCUCCACGGCGGCGCCUCCAGGGCUGGCCAACUCGCUGGACGCCGGCGUCGCGGCCGUCGGCUGUCCCCGCUCCACCACACUGCUGGCGUCCCUCCUGGUCGCCGCCUUACCGGCACUCUUCAGCCACUGA